GGGAGCCGCCGGGCCGCGCCGGGGGCGGGGAGGAGCGGGAGGCCGCCUGCCGGGCCGGGGAGCGGCGGCGGCGGCAUGUGAGCGCGGGCAGCGGCCGGGAGCGCGGCGAUGGGGCAGCAGGUGGGCCGCGUCGGGGAGCCGGGCGCCGGGCUCCAGCACCAGCCGCCGCCUCAGCACCAGCAGCAGCCGCGGGGACUGCGGGGGAGCAGCGCGGCCAGGCCGGCGGGCCGCCGGCGGGAGGCGGCCGGGCGCACCGCUGAGGGAGGAGGCUUCAAUAUCUUCACCCAGCACGAGGCCCUGCACCGCCCCUAUGGUUGCGAUGUUGAACCCCAGGCACUGAAUGAAGCCAUCAGAUGGAGCUCCAAGGAGAACCUGCUUGGAGCCACUGAGAGCGAUCCCAAUCUCUUUGUUGCACUUUACGAUUUUGUAGCAAGCGGUGACAACACGCUCAGCAUCACCAAAGGUGAGAAGUUGCGAGUCCUGGGUUACAACCAGAAUGGUGAAUGGAGUGAGGUACGUUCGAAGAAUGGGCAGGGCUGGGUACCAAGCAACUACAUCACACCAGUGAACAGCCUGGAAAAGCAUUCAUGGUACCAUGGGCCAGUGUCACGCAGUGCAGCAGAGUAUCUGUUGAGCAGUCUCAUCAAUGGCAGCUUCCUGGUUCGUGAAAGCGAGAGCAGCCCAGGACAGCUAUCCAUCUCGCUCAGGUACGAAGGACGUGUUUACCACUACAGGAUCAAUACCACCUCAGAUGGAAAGGUAUAUGUGACAGCAGAAAGCCGUUUCAGCACACUAGCAGAGCUAGUGCACCAUCACUCAACAGUAGCAGAUGGACUGGUGACAACUUUGCAUUACCCAGCACCGAAGUGCAAUAAACCUACUGUCUAUGGAGUGUCCCCCAUCCAUGACAAGUGGGAGAUGGAGCGGACUGAUAUCACCAUGAAGCACAAACUUGGGGGAGGGCAGUAUGGCGAGGUGUACGUUGGUGUCUGGAAGAAAUACAAUCUCACGGUUGCUGUGAAAACGUUAAAGGAAGAUACCAUGGAGGUGGAAGAGUUCUUGAAAGAAGCUGCUGUGAUGAAGGAGAUCAAGCACCCAAAUCUAGUGCAGUUGUUAGGUGUAUGUACCCUGGAGCCACCCUUUUACAUUGUGACAGAAUACAUGCCGUAUGGGAACCUGCUUGACUAUUUACGGGAAUGCAACCGGGAGGAAGUGAGUGCUGUUGUGCUACUCUACAUGGCCACUCAGAUCUCCUCUGCUAUGGAGUACCUAGAGAAGAAGAACUUCAUUCACAGAGACCUGGCAGCACGGAACUGCUUAGUUGGAGAAAAUCAUGUGGUGAAGGUGGCUGACUUUGGUUUAAGUCGACUUAUGACUGGAGAUACCUACACAGCUCAUGCUGGAGCCAAGUUCCCAAUCAAAUGGACGGCUCCUGAGAGCCUGGCCUAUAACACCUUUUCAAUCAAAUCAGAUGUGUGGGCCUUUGGGGUGCUAUUAUGGGAAAUUGCUACCUAUGGGAUGUCACCAUACCCAGGCAUUGACCUCUCUCAGGUGUAUGAUCUGCUGGAAAAGGGCUAUCGGAUGGAACAACCGGAGGGGUGCCCUCCAAAGGUUUAUGAACUGAUGAGGGCAUGCUGGAAGUGGAACCCACCAGACCGACCUUCCUUUGCUGAGACCCACCAGGCUUUUGAAACCAUGUUCCAUGACUCGAGCAUCUCAGAGGAGGUAGCAGAGGAGCUUGGAAGAACAGCCUCCUCCUCAUCUAUAGUUCCUUACUUGCCCCGGUUACCCAUGCUUCCCUCCAAGACUAGAACACUGAAGAAACAGGCAGAGAACAAGGAGAACAUUGAAGGAACACAAGAUACUGUGGAGCACUCAGCUUCCAGCUCAGCACCAGGUUUUAUCAGAAGCACACAGUCAACAAGUGGGUCUCCCGCACUGCCUCGCAAGCAGAGGGACAAGUCACCUAGCAGCCUGUUGGAGGAUGCCAAAGAGACCACUUUCACCAGGGACAGAAAAGGUGGCUUCUUCAGCUCCUUUAUGAAGAAGAGGAAUGCUCCCACACCUCCCAAGCGCAGCAGUUCCUUCCGGGAGAUGGAGAAUCAGCCCCAUAAGAAAUACGAGCUGACGGGUAACUUUUCAUCUGUUGCUUCCUUGCAGCAUGCGGAUGGGUUCUCUUUUGCUCCCACGCAGCAGGACGCAAACCUGGCGCCACCCAAGUGCUAUGGCGGGGGCUUUGUGCAGAGGACCUUCUACAACGAUGAUGGCACUGGUACCAGCAGCGGUGGGGGUGUAAGCACUGGUGGUGGGUGGUCAGGCAUCACUGGUUUCUUUACACCACGCUUGAUUAAAAAGACACUGGGUUUACGAGCAGGAAAACCCACUGGCAAUGAAGAAGCUUCAAAGCCUUUUCCAAGGUCAAACUCUACAUCUUCCAUGUCCUCAGGGCUUCCAGAGCAGGAUAGGAUGGCAAUGACCCUUCCCAGAAAUUCCCAGAGAUCAAAAAUCCAGCUGGAACGGACAGUGUCCACCUCCUCUCAGCCCGAUGAGAGCACGGGGAGGGCCAAUGACCUGCUUCCCAAAAGGUUUGAAGAAGGCCCUGCUUUGACCAGAGAGAGACCAAAAGCAAAACUCUUGCCGAGGGGUGCCACAGCACUCCCUUUCCGAACCCCCUCCGGAUCAGAAGAAAAGGAGGGUCCAGGGCUAGCAGCAGCUCCUAAGAGCAAAGAAAAAAACAGUGGCCCACGGCAAGGGGUCCUUGAGGAUGGCGAGAGACCAGGGUGGUCAUCUCCAGUAAAAGCUGCAGCAAUACUUCCAACCACUCAUAACCACAAAGUGCCAGUCCUAAUCUCACCCACUCUAAAACACACUCCAGCAGAUGUGCAGCUCAUUGGCACAGACUCUCAGGGUAAUAAAUUUAAGCUCUUAUCUGAGCAUCAGGUCACUUCUUCCGGCGACAGGGACCGGCCCAGACGGGUAAAACCAAAGUGUGCUCCACCUCCACCACCAGUGAUGAGGCUCCUACAGCCAGCUGCCUGCUCAGAUGCAGCAGAAGAGCUGAGCAAUGUGGCGGGAGCGCAGCAUGGACUGGAAUCAAGCGAAGGGAGUAAGAAGGCAGCAGCAGCAGCAGCAGCACCUGUUGGUGGAAAAUCUGGGAGGCCCGUGAUGCCUCCACCUCAAGUGCCUCUGUCAUCGUCUUCCACCUCCCCAGUGAAAAUGGCCAAUGGCACGGCUGGCGCAAAAGUAGCACUAAGAAAGACCAAACAGGCAGCUGAGAAAAUCUCCGCAGACAAAAUCAGCAAGGAAGCACUGCUGGAGUGCGCGGAUCUUCUCUCCAGUGCCAUCGCCGAGCCGACACCAAACAGCCAGCUGGUGGACACAGGGCACCAGUUGUUGGAUUACUGCUCAGGCUAUGUGGACUGCAUCCCACAUACACGCAACAAAUUUGCCUUCCGGGAAGCGGUGAGCAAACUGGAACUCAGCCUGCAGGAGCUGCAGGUGUCCUCAACAGCUGCUAGCGUCCCUGGGGCAAACCCCGUCCUUAAUAACUUAUUGUCAUGUGUUCAAGAAAUCAGCGAUGUGGUGCAAAGGUAGCUACUGUCAAUCUGGGUAAGAGAAAUACACACGGGGAGGGGGGAAAUGACUUUUUUUCUGUACUGAUGCUUUCAAAAGGAAAGACUGAUACUUGAGUAUGUGAAGUACCUCAGAUCACUGAGUUCUCACGUUUACAGGUUCAUCUCAAAAAAUGGGGAUGGAGAGGGUAGAGUAAAGCUGUAAGGGGCAGAACAUCAAGUAUUUGUCCCUACCUAGUCAGGCUGAUCUGCUUGGUAUAGCAAGGGAAGUUCCUUGCUCCUCCCUUGGAGAGGCAGGAGAAUCGAUGGCAGGAGAAUCGAUGGCAGGUUCUCGCUCUGGGAAGGAUGGUUUGAUGUGUGAUAGCUGGUGUACUGGAGUGGCUGCCGGCCACUCGGCUGUACAGAUCCUCCCCUGUCUGCACUAACACAUGCUUUGGCCUCCUGACAAGGCAGAGGAAAGACACUGGGGCUCCGUUGGUACCAAGUGCCGAGCAGUCUGUGCUGGAGUAGCUCUGAAGGGGGAGGUUGCGUGCGGUUGGGGGAAGGUCUAAUGCACUGACAGUAUUCAGAGCUGCUGGAGGUGGAUGCACUAGCCCAGAUGGCUUACUUCCACAGUGCUGUUGCUGCUGUAAUGAGAACUGCAAAAUUAGUUAAUAUAUGAAACUAUCCCUUUUCCCUCCUGUCCACCUCAUCCACCACAUGUUCUCAUCUUUGUUGUAUCAGAAGUGUCAGGGAUGCUGGGCAGACUUACCACUGGAAUACCCCUUCCCUACCACACAGCCUUCACUCAGUUGAUACCUAUUUCUAGUGGUCUAGCACAGGUGCUGCUUGAUGGUCAUUUGUGAGUAGUUUGGGGCUCUUGCACAACUUGCCAGUGUUGUUGUUGGGGUGGGUGAGUGGUUUGUUGUUUUGGGGGGGUUUUUAUUAAGCUCUAGAUUGUUUUUAAAUUGUUACCAGGUUGAUUCCCCAAUUUGGUUUCAUCACCUUGAGGACCCAUGGUAGGUAAGGCAGAGCCUCCGCCACCCCUGGCUGUUCUCCACAUUCCUUUAGCAGUCAUAGUGCUGCAGGGCCAGCUGGAGAGCCAGAAAGUACAGCCUGGCCUGCACACUCACUGCUGCAGGAUUCCCUGGACCUGUCCCUGCUCUUGGUGUAACACUAACACUUCACACUGACGGCUUCCUGGGAUUUGCUCUAGUACUUAGCGGUCUCUCAGGCUUUCGGCUUUCCUGCAUAUGAAGACGACUAGGUACGUCAGCACACAGGGGAACCACAGCCAUCUUUUUUUAUUUAUUCUUGUAUUUUAAAGGCUAGACCAGAAUCUCAUGCUGGGGCGUAGGGAACAUACACAUAAACUGUGCACUCCUCUGCCUGAGACGUGACAACAAACAAACAGAGAGCUCCCACUGGGUUAUGGUCUCUGGUGUCUGAUGCUUACUGACAAUCCCAGAAUGAAACCAGUUGUGUGGUUGAAGUUGUCUUCCUUGGUCCUAGUGCUGUUUGUAGACUGUUGUGGCCUCAAAAAGCCGGUCUUCUGUGUAUACGCACAAUCCCGGAGAUGUAAAUGUACUGGCAAGUAGGAAGACCUCAACUAACAGUUGAUUUGCGAGAGGAAGAAAACAGGCCCAAUACCUGGCUCCAAAUACACGUUACUCUGCAUGCUGCUGCUCACUUCACACUAUUGGUGAUGAUAGAGGAUCUCGCUUGCUUUGCACCUUAAAUCUUUUAUUUUUGGCUAAAAUGCUUUUUUAACUUCUUGUUUUUAAAGUGUGACUGUGCUGCUUUUAGUUUGAGCAUUUAGAGUUGAGCUGGGACACAGGUGAGAAUUUAGAAGAUGGGCACUACCAUUGCUGUCUAGCAGCAUUGCCCUCUUGGUGCUUGGAAGUAGGCUGGGCUGUCUCAGUGAGUGUUCCUGUUUUUUCCAUGGAGCAUAGUGAGACAGGAGCCUGAAAUGUCUUUAGAAAUGGGCUGGCGUCUGAGAAUCCUCAUUUUAUUACUGGUCUGUGGUAAACAAAGUUGUGUCAUGAUGCAUGAAUGCACACCAGUGGAGCAGUAUGUGAGGUAAAAUGGACCAUGUGAGCUUCACUGUCCAAGUGAAAUGGGGGGGUGGGGAGAAAAAACCAAAGCAACCCCUCCAUGCCAGCUGACAGGCAUUAAAGUGAAUUAAUUAUUCCUACAAGUCGGUUUUACUCCAGUGAGCUGGUACCUAAGUAAGUGGGGACAAAUGAAAGUACAGCACGGGUUACUCAUCCUGACUUAGUAGUACUGCUGUCUAGCUCUGCAGUAGGAUCUUCAGCUUGCCCAGGCUCUCCUGCAGCCCUCAGGUCAGCAGGAGGCUCUGCCGGGACUCUUUCACAGCAACGCUCAGCCGUAAGGCAGAGUACCAAACUGUUAUCUUGUAGACUUUACUGAGGGCUUUUGUGGUUUACCUUAUCUCUUUCAGUCGUCUUUAUUGAAGGUGUGUGUUGCUGCACACCAAACUAACUGCCUUUGGAAAAGGUGACCUGCAAAGGGAAGGCUUGUGGUAUUGCUUCACAUGGCCUUUCAAACAAUCAAAAGGAUUUAAAAGGUAUGGGAGCUUUCUUUGGGGCAGAAGGGCAGGUCAUUUGCCCUGGCAGACAAUCGCGUGGUUUCAUCAUUGUACUACGCCUCAGCCUAGGACAAACAGACUGAAACUGAAGUGAUUCUUAGGGGAAGGGUAUUUUAAACAGGAAAUUUUAAGGCUGUUUGUUAGUCCAGUUCUGAAGAGUGUUUUGAAAGAAAGAAGCCUUUUUUCCCUGAAUGCCAGUCUUUCAGAAAAGCUCCACCAAAAGUGAUAGAAUAGCAAACAAUUCCUGGACUUUCUAACUACUAAAACUCCCCUCUUUCAGCCCUUUCUGCCCCAAUCAAGGACUGGUUCCUCUGGAGGAACCAGGGACUUCUGGAGGUCAUCUGGUCCAACUCCCCUGCUCAAGCAGGGCCAUCUAGAGCUGCCUGCCCAGGACCAUGUCCAGAUGGCUUUUGAGUAUCUCCAAGGAUGGAGACUCCACAACCUCCAUGGGCAACAGAGAAGCCCAUUCAGUUCUGAUCCCUCCUGUGGUGGAAAAACACAGAACAGUGCAAUUUGGGGAUUUGCCUGUCAUCACUCCUACGGAGAGUGUUUUCUCUGCUCUCAUCUGUUAUUUUACAUCAGGUUGGAAGAAGGUGACAGAGGUAGUGCUGGCUUGACACUAGGGUGGUUGUUUUUUUCCCCUAAAUAGGAGGCUGCAGAAUUGCUGCUGCUUCUGCUGCCCAACAGUGUUUUAUUCCCAAACUGGAAUUCUGCCCUUCCCUCUGGCAGGACAGUAACAGGAUGAUAUCUGGGAAAGCUGGUUCUGCUGUAAAUCACCAUUCAGUUGGUGUUCCUUCCACAGCCACUCUCCUAAAAUUGUUACUGUUCCUUCUCCCUUUUGCUAAGGUUUGGCUUUCUGUUCAGCCUUAAAGGUCUUUACUGUAGCAGCUUCUCUGCUUUUAGCCUUGCACAGUAUGUUCAAAGUAACGUAAGGAUGGUGGAGCCCCAUUAUUUGUCCCAGUGAAGAGCACUUCUUGCUCCACUGUUUAGGGUAGGGGACAAGGCAUAAACUCCUGUUGUGUUUCCUUUCCUCACCCCUGUCAGAAGGCCUUGUGGGGUAAGGAUGCAAUUGCAGCUGGGCUCUCGCACUAGUAUGGGCUAAAAUUUGAAGUAGUCAUCUGUGCAACAGGGGAUGGGAUCACGUAGGGCCUGGUAAUGCCAAGCACAAAGCAUGUGCUCACAUGAGUGAGUUGAUGUGGGGCACUUUCUCUUCCUAGCUACUGUGGGGAAUUAGCCGACUCACAGGUGCAAUUCUCUUUUCUUCCUGCACUGUACACUCUUUUUAACCCCAGAUGUGGUGCACUCAGCUGUCUGACUGGCAGCACUUCGAUUUAAUCAUAUUCAUCAUUAGUGUGGACAGGGGUGAAGCUGAAUUAAGAGUCUGGGUCUUGGGACUGCAUCAAAUUUAGCCGCUGGGAAAGUGGAAUUGAAUGGAGUGGUGUUGCUGAUGCAGAGCAGCAGAACGCAGUGGGGAAGGGGGGGGGCUGUGCAUUCCCAUCCUCCUCACACAGAACACUUCUCCUGAGCACCACUGGCCUUGUGUCAGCAAGACACAAACACAUGCAUGUUGACAUCUCGUCAGGUGUGCUUAUGCAAGAGUUUUAUGGCACACCGCUCUCUGCAGGCAGCAGGAACUAAACCCCACAGUGUGGGGCAAUAGCUGCACCAAAACUGCUGCAUUAACAGAGCAGUCCCACCCUAAGAGGCAGCAGGUGUGUGAGCAGGUAGGAUGGUUUACGCUGCAGAGUCAGAGAGUAGAGAAAUCCAGACCCUGAUGUCUGUACCGCUUACCUAAGGCAGGCUUCCCCAGCAGCUGAGGCGCUUCGCUUUUUGCUUGUCAGUCCUCUUGGGCAUCAGCAGCUGUGACAAGCAGUAAUGAAUCCAGAUCUUUUUUGCAAACAUAACAGGCUGCUGUUUUAUCUUUAAAACACUCAACCCAGCCCUGCUGCUCAUCAGUAGCUGGCAGGAAAACCGAAGGGUAGUGACUAUGGCAUGCUCAGAAACCUCCCACUUCAAUGCCAGUGGCAUCAUCUAGCACGGAUGGGCACUGGGGGUGCACUCCAGUUGCCUGUAGCGCAGAACAAAACCUUCAGCCUGGUCCCUGGUGGUAGGAAAUAAGAUGUUAUGGGACACGUGAGUUCUUUAUAAUACCUACAUGAUAAGAAAUGUCUGUACCAAAGGAGGUCAUUCUUCCAAAUGUGUCUGUUGCACACAGGAGAUAAAGCCCAAUCAGCUCGGCACGCUGUUUGUAUCAGUAGUGAACUCAUUGAGGGCAGGAAUGGAUUAAAAUGAAACACGUUAAUCACCAAUCACUCUACCAGUGUUGUCAACUGUUUCUGUUUUUAAUUGUUAUUGUAAUAUAUUUUGGUUGUUUUUCUAAUUUAAUUCUCUCACUAUCGUCUGACUGUGAACUGCGAACAGUGUUAAACUUGAUGUAAAUAAGGCCCUUUGAAGGGCCUCUUUGCCUGUCGUUCCACAAAGUUUUGCCAAUUUGCAUUUUGUUUUAAAUAAAGGUUGCAAUAUUUUAUUGGCAAAAAACA